AUGAAAUUACUCGCUGGGUUAGCAAUUUGUGCCAUUUUCGUGGGACUAGUAACAACCGAACGGUUCAAACGACAACAAGACGAUAAUGCACUGAUCGAACAGUAUCCCUUCAUCGUGGCGAUCACCUUCAACGGGAACUUUGCCGGAAAUGGUGUGAUUGUGUCCGGCUGGUGGAUCCUCUCAACGGCAACCGUGUUUGUAAAUCCGGAACCCGCCAACGCUUACCGUGUGUAUGCUGGAUCGGCCAAUUACCGGUCAGGUUCUACGGAGAACAUUGUGCAGCUUAUCAUUAAACAUCCAGAGUACAUGCCUGGGCAAGGCCCAGGCAACAACAUAGCAAUGGCACGAUUGGUAAACAUUUUACAACAGUCAAAGCUGCUGCAGUCGGUCAACCUUGGUAUGAAUGAUGUGCCUUGGGCAUCGACGACAAUGGCAACAUUCGGAGGGCGAGAUAAUAUGCUGGAAGUGCCGAGCAAACUCGAUACCGACGAGACUUGCAUCAACCAGCUGACGGAUGAGGCGAACAAGCAGAUCGUUCGAGCGGGUUUGGCCUAUUGCGUAACGAUCGAAGCUUCCUAUUCGGUCGGACCGGGUGAUUUGGGUGCACCGUGCAUGUCGAUGAAUUUCCUGUACGGAUUGUACGCGGAUGGGCUCGUAGCGAUGCGCAUUGCUAUCCACAGAAAAUGGAUCCAAAGUACUAUAACUGACAAUAAGUAA